AUGUUUUCUAGAUCUCUUAUGCGUAAUGCUGGGCUGCCAUUACGAAAUGCCAGUCGUGUAUUAGCGAACAGGAGGUUACUAAGCACUUCUUUUCCCUGUUUGAACAAUAGUGGGAAUCUUUUUGGAUCAAUAACUGAUACUGGUAACACAAACUUAGAGGAUAAAUACGAUCCAACAAGAGAGACGAGCAGAUUAGAAGCCGCGGUUAAAUCCACAGAUGACUCAGGUGAAAUAAGCGUUGAUAAGGAUUCAAUAACUUUUGAGAAGGAUGAGGUGCUUCAAAAUUAUAUCCGUGAGCAGUUUCAGAAAGAGGCUCUAGCUCCAGAACUCCUUCUUUCCCCUCUAAAGAGGCAAGUCUAUGAGCUAAACUGUAAGCAGAAUGGAGGGUUUUACAAGGAGGACACAGUGGUGACUAUACCAGAAACUAAGGAAAAAUACAAACUUAAAUUGUCCAGACAAGAAUUGGAAGCGUUGGAACCAUCAAUUUACUUGAGGUCAUACCGACUAAAGUAUUCGACAAAGAAGGCCAUUCAUUUACUGAGAAUGCUUAGUGGAUUGGAUGUCAAAAAAGCCAUUACCCAAUGUCACUUUUCUGACAAGAAGAUUGCAAGAGACUUAGCAGAACUGUUCCAAAAAGGUAUUGAAGAUGGUAAGAAGCUUGGACUUGAUGCUGAUGAUCUGUAUAUUUCACAGAUUUGGUCAGGUAACGACGGUUACUUGCAGAAAAGAGUUGAAUACAAAGGUAGAGGAAGAAUUGGUAUUAUCAGACACAGACAUAUACAUGUGAGAUGUAUAUUAAAGACUCAUAGUGUAACCAAGAAGAGACUAGAAUAUGAGAAGCAACUGAAGGAACAAAAUAAGAAACCUUGGGUACAGCUAGCUGACAGACCAAUCCGUGGUGUACCUGGAAAUGCCUACAAAUGGUAA